AUGGUACUUUGUAGCCACGGGUUAUACCUUCAUGGAAGAUCACUAGGUGUUAUGUUAUAUUACGCUGUGUAUUAUAUCGCGUUGCAUCAGGACGCAUUAGAUCGUCACGAAUUAGAGCACUGCGUGGUUGGUGGCCGUGAAUUAGAUCACUAUGCAUUUGAUUGCCAUGAAUUAAACUACCACACAUUCGAUUGCUAUGGAUUGAAUCACCAUGUGGUUGGUCGUCACAGAAUAGAUCACCACACGUUUGAUCGUCAUAAAGUAGAUCACCACGCGUUUGGUUGCUAUGGAUUGGAUCACCAUGUGGUUGGUCGUCACAAAAUAAAUCACCACACGUUUGAUCGUCACAAAGUAGAUCACCACGCGAUUGGUUGCUAUGAAUUAGAUCACCACACAUUUGGUUGCUAUGGAUUGGAUCACCACACAUUUGAUCGUCACAGAAUAGAUCACCACACGUUUGAUCGUCACAAAGUAGAUCACCACGCUUUUGGUUACUAUGAAUUAGAUCACCACGUGUUUGGUCGUCAAAAUUAG